AUGCAUUUGAUACGUUCGAGUGUUCUCUCGUUUUUUUGGAUGGUUAUUCGGAGUGGCCGGCAAACUAACGCAUGGAGUGAUAACUGGUGCUCUUGCAGUCCGAUUCGGUCAUUCAUUUCCCCUAGAGCUAUUGCUAAUGCUGGUUUUUUUUUAAACUCUAAGGUGGCUGAUAUUGUCACGGAAGACGGCCAAUGGCUAUGGCCUGAGGCAUGGUAUACUCUUUUUCCUGUCCUUAUAAAUAUCGGUUCUAUUCAGCUUACGCCUAUUAUGAAGGACCGAUUUUGCUGGAAAGAUUUGGAUGGUAAUCUUCAAAGUUUUAGUUCGUGGGAGGGUUGGAAUUGUUUGCGGAAUAGGUGUCAUAAGGUUUUAUGGGCUAGUGCGGUUUGGUUCAGCCAAUGUAUUCCCCGACAUUCGUUUCACUUGUGGUUGGUUAUCAAAAACAAGUUGAAAACUCAAGAUAGGAUGGCCGUUUGGGAAGCGGGAAGUGCCACUAAUUUGCGCCUUAUGUGUUGCCCUCUAUGUAAGUCUGACCGUGAUUCAAGAGACCACUUGUUCUUUCAAUGUGCAUUUGCUUCAGACGUUUGGAGAUUCGUCAGACAAUUGGUUGACAUGGAGAAUGUUACAGAUACCUGGGAUUCUAUAAUGCAUUGGAUGGAGCUUAAUGCUAAUUCUAGAACUAUGAAUAACACCAUUAGUAAGAUCCUGAUUGCGGCUGCAACGUACUUUGUUUGGCAGGAAAGAAAUAACCGAUUAUUUUCUCAUGAUCAGCGGAGUGCGAGUGUGCUUGCAAAGGUUAUCAUUGAGACGGUUCGACUCAGAAUUAUGGGGUUCCGGUUUGGUAGAGACCCGAAACAAAAGAAGAUUUUGGAUAGGUGGCUGAUCUCGAAGAACAACAUAGAGGUUGAUCCCGGCUAG